ACAAUAACCUUUUGUCCCAUCCCAUCCAUUUUCUCUUCCAUCUCACACAGCGUCACAGCCUAUGCUUUUUUGUACUCUCAUUCCUUUUCCUUCUGAAGCUUCUUUCAUCUCUAUCCAUUCACACAACACCAUAUCAAAGAGCUGAACAACUAAAAAAAAUUCAUCCUUCAAUUUUUUUCAUUUCUCACCUCUUUCUCUUAGUUCCUUUCAAGCACACAAAACAAAUUUCCAUUUAUAAGAACAAAGGAAAAGACAAAAGGUACCAACCUACCUUACUACUACCUUACCCAUAGUGGACCCUUCAACUUAUCACUUUGAUUACGAUUCAUUAAACACUGUCGUUUACCAAAAAGGGUUUCAUUUCAUCUUUCACACCAAACUGGCGAAAAUGAGUUUAACAACAGUAGAAGACGAUUCAUCUUCCGAAAUCCAUUUACCUGCAGAAAUUGACUGGCACAUGCUAGACAAAUCGAAGUUUUUCUUCCUCGGCGCCGCCUUAUUCUCCGGCGUCUCCGCCGCGCUUUAUCCAAUGGUGGUUUUGAAAACUCGCCAGCAGGUUUCAUCUUCACACUUUUCUUGUAUCAACAUGUCGUGUGCUAUUAUGCGGUAUGAAGGUUUUAGAGGCUUUUAUAAAGGUUUUGGUACUUCUUUGAUGGGGACUAUCCCUGCUAGAGCACUUUACAUGACGGCACUUGAGGUUACAAAGAGUAACGUCGGUACUGCUUUUGUUGAUUUGGGGUUUUCUGAUAAUACUGCUACUGCUGUUGCUAGUGCUGCUGCUGGUGUUACUUCUGCUAUGUCUGCGCAGUUGGUUUGGACUCCGAUUGAUGUUGUUAGUCAGAGACUUAUGGUUCAGGGUUGUAGCAGUGGUGGCGGUGGUGGUGGAGGAAAGAGUAUUUUGGCGAAUCUAAAUUCGGAGAAUUAUAGAAAUGGUUUAGAUGUGUUUAGAAAAAUUCUUUAUAAUGAUGGGCCAAGAGGGUUCUAUAGAGGAUUUGGGAUUUCGAUAUUGACAUAUGCGCCAUCGAAUGCUGUUUGGUGGACUUCUUAUUCUAUGGUGCAUAGGUUCAUUUGGGGUAAUUUCGGUUCGUGUUUGUGUAAGAGUGGUGGUAAUUUGGGUGGUGGUGGUGGUGAUGGGUGUGUUGGUUUUAGACCUGAUUCUAAGGUAAUGGUUGGUGUACAAGGUUUGAGUGCUGUUGUGGCGAGUGGCGUUUCGGCUAUUGUGACAAUGCCGUUUGAUACUAUUAAGACUAGGUUGCAGGUUUUGGAUACGGAGGAGAAUGGGAGAAGGAGGCCGUUAACUUUUGCACAGACGGUUAGGAAUUUGGUCAAUGAAGGUGGUUUGUUUGCUUGUUAUAAAGGAUUGGGGCCAAGGUGGGUUUCGAUGUCUAUGUCUGCUACGACUAUGAUUACUACUUACGAGUUUUUGAAACGCAUGUCUACAAAGAGGCAAGAUUAGUUCAAUUUAGUUUCGUGAGAUAGUUUUAGCAGCAAAAUAUAUAUUCAUAGGAUCAUGGUUUUAAAUUGCGACCGACGUUGCAGAGACCUCAAAAUCCUCUAUAUUAUGGUCGUAACUGCAAGUUGGUGAACACAAUUUAGAACUAUGCAUAGGAUAAUAAGAAUUAGGAUUAGGGUUAGGAUUAGGUUUUUUUUUUUUUCCUUUGGAAUGCUUUUUUCUUCUAAAUUUUAGUUUGUUAGGUUCUAUGUUCAUAUGAUGAAUGAACCUGUAAAUACAA